AUGUUUUUAGUAAAAAUACCCAAUUGGGCGAGAACUCGGCUAGGUCUAAAAUCUCGCGAGAUCGCAUUCCCUAAUGAAGACUGGCUACUAUAUAAGAAAGCUAAGUCUGAAUACAAAAAAUGUAUCAGGUAUCGACGCUCGACUGGGUGGCGUAAAUUCUGUGGCAACAUAGAAACCUGCGAACAAGCAAAUAGGAUAAGGAAUAUUCUAGCUAAACAGAACACGUCGGGAUCCAUGUCUCUAAAGAAACCCGACGGUAGCCACUCAACAUCGCCGGAUGAAGCCCAACGCAUCCUAAUUGAAACGCACUUCCCAGGUUGCUGCGUAACCCAGGAGGCAAACCGGCAUGACGACAUACUGACACCAACAGCAGAAGACUGGAAUUUAGCACAGAGAGUGGUAACGAUGGACAAAAUCCAUUGGGCCAUUCACAGUUUCCUCCCCUAUAAGGCGGCAGGACCUGACGGCAUAUUCCCGGCUCUCCUACAGUGGGGGGGUAAAGCCCUAAUAGUCAGACUUGUUGCCAUAAUGAGAGCCUAUCUGGCUCUUAAAUAUGUUCCUAGGGGAUGGAGGGAAGUGAAAGUCACAUUCAUACCCAAACCAGGUAAGAGCGACUACACAGACCCUAAAUCCUACAGGCCCAUUAGCCUCACAUCCUUUCUCCUAAAGACGAUGGAGAGGAUGUGUGAAAGGAAAUUAAGGGGAUCGGUGCUAAUGAACUUACCACUACACGACAAGCAACACGCCUACAGUCUAGGCAAAUCAACAGAAUCGGCACUUCAUCAGGUAAUUACAAAGAUUGAAGAGGCCAUCCAAAACAAAGAAAUAUGUCUAGGUUCCUUCAUAGAUAUAGAAGGUGCUUUUGACAGAACGAACUUCUCCAGCAUAAAAGGUGCACUCAGUAGACAUAAAGUUGAACCGGCACUGAUCGACUGGAUAGUUUACAUGCUCAGUACACAAAUAAUAAAGAUUGCUGGUGAAUCUCAACCAAUCCAAAUUAAGAAAGGCUACCCGUAG